UCCUGUGCUGAACAAAAUGCUUUUUCUUUUUCCAUAUUUUUAUGUAGCUUGUGCUGCACAAAAAUGUUUUCAUUUCAUGUUUUCAUGUACUGAUUCUUUUGUGAAGGUAGAUGUGAAGGAAAUAAAUUUCGUGACUCCAGAUGUUCAAGCCUUAGCAACCCCAGAAUUUCAGAAGAAAGAAUCAAGAGGUGAAGAUGAAUUGGAGAACUACAGGAACCGGAUCCAAUUGUGGCAAAUUUUCUUAGCUAGCCCUUUUGAAUGGAUGGACUUCAGGAAGAGUAAAAUCAAUCCUAAAUACCCAGACUUUAAGAACAGAGAUACUGGUGAAGUUCUCUGGCUCAGGACAGAUGAUCCACCAUGGAUAAAAAGACAGUUGGAUAUCCUAGAUUCAAGAUUUUCUUACGAAAGUUUCUAAGAACAAUUAAGCUCCAUCAAAGACAUGUCCUUUUGAAGGGCCCAGAGCAAUGUUGAAACCUGGUCGAAGAGAAGUUCCAUGGGUCUUCACAAACAUCAAAGGUACUGUUGGCUAUGUGCAUACUUCGUAUAAUACAACUUGCUUUGGUAAAUAGAACAGGAUCUAUCCCCAUUAUAAAUGAGAAGAAAGCCACUGUUUGUUUAUGUCACAAGUUAUGUAAUCUUAGCAGUAGUACUAG